AUGCUCUUUCCUGGCGGGCUCAUGCGGGUGGGCGGCCGCCACCUGCGCGGCAGCAAGCUGCUGCCGCUGCUGCAGCGCCGCCUCGCGCUCGCCGUGGGGACGAACAGCUUCAGCCGCCAGGUGGUGGCGCUGGCGGCGGUGCUGUGCGCGCUGCUGGCGCUGAACAUCCUCUUCUAUCUCUUCGGUGGCAUCUCCAUCGAGUUUGUCACCGACGACCCGCUCCCCGACCUCCCCUCGCUCUGGCGCGGCGACGCGCAGCCGCCCCCGCGCGGGCGGCAGUGCGCGGCGUGGCUGGCGGAGGUGGACCCCACGGGCACGGGGAGCGAGCAGCGCGACUGGCAGCGCCAGCCCGUGGUGGUGGCGGCGGGGGAGAACAGGCGCGUGCAGGGCUGCGCCGUCGGCUGCCUCUUCACGCGCGCCCCUCCGGAUCACGACACCUGCGAUGCCGCUGUGGUAGCCCCACCAGCACCAGAAGCAGGGGAGGCGGGCAGUGGAGCAGAGGAGGGGGAGGGGGGAGGGCAGGCAGCGCCGCCGGGGGUGGCGGAGGAGGGGGCGGGGGCGUGUGGGUACGCGGUGGUGUGGCAGCGCGGGCCAAGGGGCGCCGUGGUCAUGCCCAACGCCUCCAGAGUCGUGGCCGUCACCAGCAGCCUCAGCUCCGACGUGCCCCUUGGGCAGCCAUCAUGGAGGGACCAUGCAUUCAUGGACCCGCCCACACCCAAGCAUGCGUCGCCCGCCAUCGUGGCCGUGUUCAACCACCCCUGCUCCAGCCUCCAACUCAAGCAGGACUUCAUAGCACAGGUGGAGCGCCAGGGGGUGCCCGUGCAGACGCUGGGUCCCUGCCUGCCUGCCUCCGACCCAGGCCACGCCUCGCCAGCCGAGGUGCAGCGCCGGCUGUGCGACCACCGCUUUGCACUGCUGUUUGAGGAGCUGGCACCGCUGCACGUCAUGUCGCCGCACUUCUGGGCUGCGCUGGCGUGUGGCACCGUGCCCGUCGUGGUGGCCAAGGGCAGCAUCGCCCUCUUCUCCCCCGCUGACAACGCCUUCCUGCAGGUGGGGCGGGGGGACGAGGUGCGGCAGGUGGGGGAGUGGGCAGGGUACCUGCAGCAGUCGCAGCGGGCCUACAGCGACAUGACGCGGUGGAAGGCCGACGUGCCCUCCGAUGCCUUCCUCGCCCUCCUCGACCUCUCCAUCGUCCCGCCCCACUGCCGCCUCUGCAUCCACCUCGCCACCAAGCAACUAGUGGCGUGGGAUGAGAGCAGCACACGGAAGGUGUGUCGGUGCUGGGAGGAGGCGUCCAACACCACUCUCUACCACCUCUACGUGCGCGAGCGCGGCACCUUCUCCUUCCACUCCCUCUUCCUCAAAGCUCACCAUGGCGCACCUCAUGCAGGCCAUCUACCGCCUCUACCACCACAUGGUUUCCCCCCUUUCCUCCCCCACUCCCUCCACCCGCCCACUCCCGCCACCCCCCCGCACAGGUCAUCAGAGCUCACCAUGGCGCACCUAGUACCGCCUCUACCACCACAUGGGUCCCCUCCCUUCACCCGCCCACUCCUUCCACACCCCUCCCCCACCCUCCCCCCGCCCGCCACCCCCCUGCACAGGUCAUCGGAGCUCACCAUGGCGCACCUAGUACGGGCCAUCUACCGCCUCUACCACCGCCUCGACUACCGCCCGCUCUGGCACGGCCACCGCCCCGACGCGCUGGCAGCAGGCGGGGCAGCAGCGGUGCGCGUGCUGCGCGUGUACCCGGUGGAGUCGUCGCAGGAGAUGGUGCUGCACGGCUCGGGCGCCUUCCGCCGCGACCGCCAGCUGCAGGACUUCGUAGAGGCCACGCCAUGCCCGCGCCUUGAAGUCAUCCUCGUCUGA